AUGGAUUCAUCGCAACUGCACCAAGCGCUCUCGCUCCAUGCGCAUCCUCGCCUCCCCACGUCGUCGUCGUUGCCGCUGCGGACGGCCAGCAGCACCCCGAUGUCCUCUCCCGGCCUCUUCAGCCCGUCGCCCUCGCAAUUCCACCAGCCCACGUCCCUCUCGGAGAGCAACACGCCCGCCCCGGCCUUGGGCAGUCCGUAUCUGCAUCCAUUGCAGAACCAUAGGGUUCGCGAGACCCACAAGGCUCUCAUCGACUCCGACAUCAUCACCGGCCGCAAGUCCAUCAACCAGUAUGAAGUCAUCGAGGAGAUUGGCCGCGGCAUGCACGGCAAGGUCAAGCUCGCCCGCAACACCCAGACUGCCGAGAACGUUGCCAUCAAGAUCAUCCCCCGCUUCUCCAAGAAGCGCCGUCUCGGCCGCGUCACCGCCAUGUCUCCCCAGGACAAGACCAAGAAGGAAAUUGCCAUUCUCAAGAAGAUCCGACACCCCAACGUCGUCGCGCUCCUCGAAGUAAUCGACGAUCCCGAGCUCAAGAAGAUCUACAUGGUCCUCGAGCACGUCGAGCUCGGCGAGGUCGUCUGGCGCAAAAAGGGCCUGCCGCACAUCUGCCAGUACGAACGAAGGCGCAUCGAGCGCGAGAUGCGAGGCGACGCCCCCACAGCCGAGGAGGAGCAGUACGACCAAAUCCUCGAGCGCCGCCAGGCUCUCAAGGAGCUCAAGAGGGCGAGGCUGGCGCAAAACUACGCCGGUCCAUCCGACUAUUGGAGCGUCGAAUACGGCGCCGCCGACGAACGCAGCAGCGCCGGCCCGUGGUCCCGCAUCCCUUCACGCGAAGACUUUGCAGUCGUUGACGGACAGCCGUCCCCGGCUGGCCCGGCCCCGCCGGAACUCGAUGAGAUGGUGGACUGGGCCGCUGAUAUGGAGACGCCCAUUCCGCAGUGCGGCUCAUAUACCGCCUUCGACGGGGCCACGCACGGCUCUCAUCGUGGCGAGGGCUUCAGGCCCCGAUCUUCGAGCGUGGCUGAUUCCAUUAUCUCUCACAUGUCCUCGGUCGAUUACAACCCUCGCGCCCACGACCCGUUCGCCGAGGACUUUUCCUUCGUCCCCUGCUUCACCAUGGACCAGGCCCGCUCAACGUUCCGGGACACCGUGCUGGGGCUCGAAUAUCUCCAUUACCAGGGAGUCGUCCACCGAGACAUCAAGCCGGCGAAUCUGCUUUGGACUAGGGACCACCGGGUCAAGAUUUCUGAUUUUGGCGUCUCGUACUUUGGCCGACCUAUCCGCGACGGCGAGCUGGACGAGACCGUGUCCGAGUCGGAAGCUAAGGACUUUGACGACGACUUGGAGCUCGCCAAGACGGUCGGCACCCCCGCCUUCUUCGCUCCCGAGCUGUGUUACACAGAUGUCGACAGCAAAGAACAGCCCAAGGUGUCGGAGCAGAUUGACGUUUGGUCCCUCGGAGUCACGCUCUACUGCCUCAUCUAUGCUCGCAUUCCCUUCCUGGCAGAGGACGAGUUCCAGAUGUUCCGGAAGAUUGCAACCGACGAGGUGCACAUUUCCCGCAGACGCCUGAAGCCCGUCGACCCAUCCACCUCGCCAUCCGCAACGUCCCUCUACAAACGCCAAAAUGCUCACCCGUAUCGUGACGACAACGACCUUGAAUACGAAGAGGUUGACAACCUCCUCUACGACCUGCUCCGGCAAAUGCUCAUCAAGAACCCUGAGAAGCGAAUCCGCCUAAGGGACAUCAAGCGCCAUCCGUGGGUCGUCCAAGGCAUCACCAAUCCCAUCCAGGUCGACGAGAAGGACAUGUCGUUUGCCGUCGUCCCGCUAAACUUCUUGGAGCGAGCCCGUUCGGUCGUGAAAAAGGCUGUGGGAAAGGUCAUGCAGCCCUUAGUCGAACGAGGCGACAGCAGGUCUCGACGUCGAGCCGCAAGCAGCGCAGCUAGCUCGGCCGGCGACAGUGUGCUCCGGAACACCGGUCCGCCCACUAACUACACCAACGAUCGCCGUGGCAGCUUUCGCGGCGACGACUACUUCUUUCAAACCAGCAGAGACGGCCCAGCGCCGGCGGGUCACCUCGCCCCGUCUUCGUCAGGAACCAACGUCAGAGCCGAGACGGUGGAAUACGACCCCCUUGCCACGGUUCUGCCCCCUUUGCAAAACUCUCGGGACCCCAACCCCGCAGAACGUAGCAGCACUGAAAAUGACGGCCCUUCUCGACACUCUCACCGCCAGCACGGCAACUCCAGGCCUCCACAAAGCUUGUUUCAGUUGAGGCCACCUCCGUCAGAGGCACGCCCAAGUCCUGCCUCGCUCUGGUGCGGCGGACACCGGGAGAGCCAGCGUGAGGAGGAGCCGGUUGGGCGGCGGGCCCGUGGUCCAGAAUGCAAGGGCGAGGACAGCUCCCGGUCGGCAUCCGCAGACAGGGCCUUGUUCGUCAGCACGGACAAGCGGGCUCAUGCCCAGGUGGCACUGAGCAAUGCAGUGGCGCCGGGAAGCAUUCAGGGGCCGAGACGUCUGAAAUCUAUGAGAUCGAUAGAACUCAAGAGAGGCCCGCGCGAGCACAGCAGCACUACGCCAUCGCCUCUGUCAAGCUCUCCCCAGACUGCUGCGGCCACGUAUCAGCACGGCCAGCCUCGGUCCGACCCAAACUUUCACGCACGGCAGCAGACACACGUUGAUGAGCGCCCACGAACAGCUCACCGUGUAGAGACCUCGUCGGGAGCGGAGCGGGCCAAGCUCCACAGCCACGACCCCCUCGUGCCGGAGACCCCUGCGGCACUGGACGUCCCUUCGCCGUCGAGAGGCAACACGAUAACGACCAUCAAGUCGUCGAGCGUGGAGUCGAUGGAGGCCAUCGGCACCCCUCUCACAAGUCCUAGUGAGACGACGAGCCCGUCGGACCCCUCCCUGCCGGCCUUACUCAGCGGGGCCAGCUCCGUCUCGGCAGACAUCGAGGGGGAGCUGCUGGGAAAGCCUGGCAUCGUCAAGGGUCAGUCGCCACGACUCGAAGCGGAAGAUUCCAUGACCCGACCUGCGCCGGCCAAGGAGCCAUCCACCAGCUUGGGACUGGAUCACGUUUUCGAGAACGCCCCUGCCAUGGAGAGCGGCCCGCUGGCCCUACAUAUUGUCCCGGCCGGGCCCGGGAGCCCUGGCACGGUCGGGUCAUCGGAUAGGAGCCCGGCUCACGAUGACGACGACGACGACGGCAGCGACGACGGCAUCCUGCUCAUGGCCAAGCCUCGCAGACGGACCUCUCUCAUGCUCAGGGCCUCACCCGUGCGCCCCGUCGAGGCGAAACGGAGGGAUACCGGUGCCAGCACAGCUAGCAACGAAACCGCGAAGAGGAUUCCUGUGCACGACGACGAUGGCAACCCGUGCUUAAUCUGA